GAUGGUAACAUGACCCUCUUUAUUUCAGAAUGCUCAGCAAAUAAUUGAUCUCACAAGUGCAAUGAAAGAAAAGGAGAAAGAACUUCAGCUCAAAGAUUCAAAGCUGAUGGAUGCACUGGCUCUAGAGAACAGUUUAAAAGCUGAAAUAAAGCAUUUAGAACAUACUGUGUUUGAACUGGAGGCUACAAACCAGACAUUGAAAGAUGAGCACCAAGCAUUACAGAUGGCAUUUACGGCACUGGAGGAGAAGUAUCAUAAAGUUCAGGAAGAAAAUAGUGAGCUGAUGGCCCGCUGGCUCAGUCAGAAGAUGAAGGAGGCGGAUGUUAUGAAUCAAGAAAAUGACAGGUUUUUCAGACACAAACAAGAACGUCUACAGAAAGAUUUGGAAGAUGCUGCUAGUGAACCAGUUCAGAUCCAGGCUGAAGCGAUAACUGGUGUGUAUAUGAGAGGUGUAACUCCAAUUUGCCUAAGUGCAUCACUACCAACAAAAGCUCAAUGUAUAUUGGAUGCCCAUGAAGGGGAGGUAAAUGCUGUAUUAUGGAGCCCCACAGGAAGUUUGUUUGCAACUGGGGGAUCAGACAGAAAAAUCAAACUCUGGGAUUAUAAUGGAGGUCAGUGUACAUGUAAAGGGACAUUACUGGGCAGUAAUGCUGGUAUUACUGCCCUUGAGUUUGACUUUGAUGAAGCAUUUGUACUUGGAGCAUCAAAUGAUUAUGCCAGUAGACUGUGGUCUUUGUCUGAUCAGAGAUUAAGGCACACGUUGACAGGUCACAGUGGGAAAGUGUUAACUGCCAAAUUUCUUGGUGAUUCUACUAAGGUAGUAACAGGAAGCCAUGACAGAACAUUAAAAAUCUGGGAUCUUCAUACUAGAGCGUGUUCAAAAACAAUAUUUGCUGGAUCAAGUUGUAAUGAUUUAGUUACGUUACAUGCUAGCAGCAUAAUAAGUGGACAUUUCGAUAAACGUGUAAGAUUUUGGGAUCCACGUUCAGAUCAGACAAUCAACGAGAUUUCAUUGCAAGGACGAAUCACAUCAUUAGCUUUAUCACCAGACCGAGCAACACUGCUGGCAUGUACACGAGAGGACACAUUGAAAGUGAUAGAUCUACGCAUGAACCAAGUUGUCUACACAUUAAGUGCUGACAACUUCAAAGUAGCAUUUGACUAUUCUAGAGCAGUUUUUAGUCCUGAUGGUAGUUAUGCAAUGGCAGGAUCCUCUGAUGGAACGUUGUAUAUCUGGAAUAUAAAGAAAGAAAAAGUCGAGAGAACGCUGAAGGAACAUACGCAUGCUAUAAUGGCCUGUUCCUGGCAUCCAUCGGGCUCUGUCAUACUCAGCUCAGAAAAACAGAAGAAAGUAGUUCUCUGGUCGGACAUUUAAUGCAACAUUUGGAAUUUUAGUGUGUUCAUCCAGAACAACAAAAUUUAAUGCUGAAUGUUUGUUUUCUGUGUGUAUAUAUUAUGCAACAAAGGAGUGCAGACAGAUAAACAGAAAAACAAUAAGUUAAGAUUAGCUUUAUUUUGAUUCGGCAAGACAUAUACCAGUAACAUAAGCUCUUAAGAGCUUUCUUUAACCAACUAUAUAACAAGUGUAUGUUAACAAAAUGUUAAAUGACUACAAUUAAGCAGUGAUUAUAUAACAGCAUAAAUUCUAUGAGAAACAUGCUUAUUGUACCAACUGUGGUUUAAAACUGUUUGAAAGAAGAGAUAGUUAUGAGGUGACCAGGAAUAUGAGGCAAAAUUGCUGUAAUUAAAAACAUCUAAAAUCAUAGUUGUUCCCAAGGUUGUAAGGACAGCAUCAUGGUGUAAAUUUUCUGUUUUAAAAUCUUUGCUAAGUUACAAAUAACAGUAAUCAUGCUAACUUGUAACAUUUCUGUGACAAUUUUCUCUUCACUGCUCCUCAAACAUAAGACAAUACCAUUGUUAUGUUACAUUUUUCAUAGGGGCUAUAAGGGUAGUACAUGUAAUAGGUUCUUUUUGAAUUUUCAGAACAUCUUUUAUUAGUUUUGGAUUUACCAUCCAGAAACUAUUUUGUUAGGGUAUUUUCAUUUGUAUAAUUCAGCAAAUUUUGAAACAAAAACGUUUUAAAAUCUCAAUUAUAGCUUAAUUUGUUGAUGAUUUACAAAACCUUCAGGCAGUAAAGCAACAUUUACCUGUAAACUUUGUGAAAAUGGAUCAUGUUUUUUUCUUGCUUUUUUGAAGGGCCAGAAUUUUACACAAAUUUACACAAAUUUUUAUUUUGUUAUAAAAUCAACAUUAUUAGAGGUAUCUUUAAAAUUCAAAAUUUUCCUGCUACCUCCCCAUGGAGACUUUUAGAUAUAUGUGUAUCUUACAUUUUGAUCAUGCAAAAUGUAGGAGAGACAUUUUGGUCAUGCAAAAUGUAGGAGAAAUUAAGAAAAAUAUUGUUACAGAUUUGAUGGAUUGAACAGUACGGCAUUUGUAUUUUCUCUGUAUGCGUACAGUAAAAAAUAGACGCUCAAAUUCAGUAUACGUUUGUUAUGUAAUGCUUACAUUGACUACCAGUCCCAAAAUAUGUUUUUUUUAAACUGAUUUCUUUACAGAUUAUUGAUGGAUUGUUGUAUAUAUCUGUAUGUCUAAAAUAACAUAUUAGCUGAACUACUGUAGAAUACAUGUACUUCUAAACUUAGCAGCCAGAGAAACAUAGGAAAAGUCAAAGUUUGAGGCAUUUUUAGCCAUAUUGUACUGUGGUCUAAUUGAGAGGUUGACUAUUUCAUUGCAAUGAUCAGAUCUUCAUAUGUUUUGAAGGAGUUUAUGAUUUUCAGUAGCAUUGCAUAUGGAAUAUUUUGCCAUUUUAGUGAAAUUGAGAGGUCAUAAGUUUCAUGUAGUACAUCUUUAUCUGAAUUUUUCUUUCUGAAUCAUUUAUCCAGGCUUUAAUUCUAUCCUAAACAAAGGUCCAGACACAUAUAGAUUAUUGUACCAAUUUUGUUUAAAUGCAGGUAUUUGUCAAAACGUCUUUCAAGAAAGUUGAUUUAAACCAGGGUGUAGUUUGUAUAGUUUUUAGACCAUUUCCUAGUAGUAUUUGUAGUCAAAACCAUGGUAUUGAUACAAAUUAAUUGAACAUAGACAGGUAUUAUUCAAUUUUUAGCUUGACUUUUCAAAGAAUAAGGAGAGCUUUCCUACUCACCAAGGUGUUGACGUCACAUCUUGGUUAGAUAUUUCAAAGCAGUCCACAUUUUGACUAUUAACCUUUUGACAUAUAGCUUUUAAACUUUCAGCAGUUGGGUACCAUCACCAUCUCCAGUUUUAGGGAAGAGUGCAUAACUCCAUCAAGGAUUUUGUCUGAAUUAUUGCACCUUUUUACUUAAAAUCUUCGUUAAGUUUUUUGUACCAGUUUAUAUCUUGUGUUUGACUGUGGCUUUGAAACUUGAAUCACUUGUUCAUUAUAACAGUCUCUAUAUGUAGGCAAGAGUAUAUUACCCUGUUGAGUAUUUUGGCUGAAUUACGGCCUUUUUUGGACUUGGAAAUUGGUUCAGUAUUUAUAAAAGUCCAUGUUUUGUCAAAACUAUUUGACAUGUGGCUUUGAAACUUUGAACACUUGUUCAUCAUCAUUAUCUCCAUCUGUAGUCAAGGGUUAUGGAUUUUGGCCUGUUUUGGACUUGGAAAUCUGUUAAUUUUUUUGUAGCAGUUCAUAUUUAGUCUUAAUGUUUUGAUAUAUGACUUUUUGAACUUUGACUAUUUGUUUACCAUCUUAGUUACCAUAUGUAGGCAAGUCUACAUAACUAGGACAAAGAUUUGGGCUCAGUUAUAACCCUUUUUUGACCCCACACUUACAUCAAUUUUUCAAAUAGUCGAGAGUGCUGUCAACAGACUGCUCUUGUUUGUUUUAUAUUUUUACUCUUCCUGGUUCUCAUUUAGUUUAAACUUUUUGAAGUUUGCAAAUCUAGGUUUGAACAAAAAAAAACAUUUGUUGUUUUAAUGUAAUUUACUGAGAAAGUACUACUGUAACAGUAGAAUAUAUGAUUCAGGCAGAGAUACCAUUAGUAAAAAAAAUUAUGGCAGUUAAUAUUGUGUACAUUUUUUGUUUUUAGUCUUUGUUUAAAUAUGAAGUAAUUUACCUGUCAAGGAACCACCAGAUGUAUAUUAAUGCAUGAUUUUUUUCUUGAGCAUAAUAGAUUCUGCUUAAUAAGUUAUGACAUAAGUCUGAGUUACUGUAAACAUACCCUGUAUUAUCUUAAACAUGACAUUAUGUUGUGAUUUAGGUCAUAUUAUGUUAUUGAUACAUUUGUUUUUGUGCAAGAGGUUACUGAUGAUGAACAUUAAGUGGAAAGUCAGUUGCUUACACCAGCAUUUGCAAACCAUCUGUACUUUUAUGAAUUGGUGUAAUUCAUUUAAGCUUCUUCUAAAAUAUUAUGCAAGUCAUAUUUUCAUUAGUAUGUCAAGUCAUUUUUCUUUGUUGUUGAUGUAUUAUGAUAAUUUUUUCUGUCCUAAUAUUUCUAUUUUAAAAAUGCAUGUAUCAGAAAGAUAAAGCUUAAGUUCCUAUGAGUAUAAAAAAAAAUGUGUUUCUAUCAGUCAGAUAUAUAUAUUCCUUGCUGUAUUGAUUUGCCACUCACAGAACUUCUAUCUUUUCUUUCUUACAAUUAGUAUAGAUAGGGUAAUGAUAGUGGCACUUUUUUAAUUUUUUGUUUGUUUUGGGUUUAACGCAAUUUUUCAACAGUAUUUCAGUCAUGUAACGGCGGGCAGUUAACCUAACCAGUGUUCCUGGAUUCUGUACCAGUACAAACCUGUUCUCUGCAAGUAACUGCCGACUUCUCCACAUGAAUUAUCAGAGGUGGAGGACGAAUGAUUUCAGACACAAUGUCUUCUAUCAGAUCGUCACGGAGAAGUCACUUUUUUUUUUUUUCUUUUUUUUCUUUUUUUUUUAAAGAUAAUCAGCAGACAUAACUACAGUGUUAUUCUUAUUUCAUAGUUUGUAAAAGUUUAUGACAUAAUGCUGCUGUAUGUUCACACCUGUUUUAGACUUGCAUGCCAGAGUGGCCACAUGCCACAGUGUCCAUGUGCCACAAAUGCUUGAAUAUAAACAAAAAUGAAAACCUGGAGAAAAUUACCAAACCUAUAAAAGUCUCAUUGUAGUAUUUCAGCAGAGAAAAAAAAAAACUAUCAGGACAAUUAGCAAAACUUAUUUUGCAACACUUGAUAUGCUGAUGUUUUAUUUAAAAUUUAUUGGAGGAAUAUAUGAAUUUAUAAAAUUUGGCAGGCAUACUUUUAGAAAUAUUCAGUGAAUAUUACUUUGAACUUAUGAAAUUUCAAAACAGUUCAUUGAAUAUUUUAUGAUGACAUCCUUUGUUUAAGCCACAACAUAUGCUUAGAGAUGUAUUGUAAAUCAGGUAAAAUACACGUUGGUUUAAUUUCAUGUAACUAGGGUAACACACAAAUUCAUAAUUCUUAUGAUUAUAAGGAAGUAUUUUCUCUAACAAAUAUUUACUACAUGAUUGUACACAUUUGAAAUCACAGCUUCUGUAUUGACUGUGUUUUAUUAUGGUGAUGGCAACAUUAGAUUUGUUUAAAAUGGUUGCUACUUUUAUUUUGGAGAUAAUUUAGAACCUGUUUAUUAUCAUAAAUCAUGUGUUAGAUUUACUACUGAUGCUUCUUUGGCCAUUUUUGUUUUGUUUUUCUGAUAGUGUGAUGAAGUGCUAUAAACCAUUUACUCUUACCUUUCCAUAGAACUGCAUCGUAAUUUCUUGCAUUUCUACUACUUUUUGCUGAAUUCUUUAUUCUGUGAUAAUAGCAUAACAAAUUUAUUAUUCUUAAAUAAAAUGUGUUGAAAAUAUGUUAAA